AUGGAGGAUGGCUGUAGCUGGGUGAUGGAGAUGGAGAAGAUGGAGAGGGAGACCGACGCGGCGGCGGAGAUGGCGCUUUGGAGCAAGCACUCCAUCUACAAGGUGCCGGAGUGGAUAAACGGCGUGACGAGGCGCAGGGCGUACGUGCCAUUCCUCGUCUCGCUGGGUCCCUUCCACCACGGCGACGCCGCCCUCGCGCCCAUGGAGCCGCACAAGCGCCGCGCCAUGCUGCACAUGGCGAAGCGCAGCGGCAAGCCGGUGCGGGCAUUCGUGGCGGCCGUCGAGGCGGUGGCCCAGCGGCUGGAGGACGCCUACGAGGACAUCGGCGAGGAGUGGAGAGCAGGAUCAGGAGGAGGAGGAAGAGCGGUGACGGCGAGGUUCGUACAGGUGAUGGUGACCGACGGGUGCUUUGUGGUGGAGCUGAUGCGGAUGAACAAGCUCGGAGGGAUGCUGCGUGGGGAUUACCCGACCAACGACCCCGUCUUCAGCGAGCACGGCUACCUGUACCUCAUGGAGGUGAUGCGCUCUGACGUCCUCUUGAUGGAGAACCAGCUGCCUCUGCUUCUCCUCCAGAGGCUUCUGGCUGUUCAGCACGGGACGACUCCGGACAAAACUCCAGGUGUGACAUUGGGCCUCCACCCCCUCGACAUUUUCCACAAAAGCUUCUGCGGAGUCGGUCAGGACUACACAUGGACGCAGAGGCAAGAGGUGUUCAUGCCGUCGGCGGUGCAGCUCCAUGAGGCUAGGGUCCAUUUCGAGCUCAGAAAAAGCAAUGGCGACAACCUCCAGGGCGUCCAAUUCGAGCGUGGUGUGCUGACCAUGCCAGCGAUCUCGGUGGACAACUCCAGCGAGAAACUGCUGCUCAACCUAAUGGCGCUGGAGCAGCUCCACCCGGAGGCCGGGAACAACGUCACCGCGUUCGUCUUCUUCAUGGACAACAUCGUCGACACGGCAGAGGACGUGGCGCUACUAAAAUCCAGGCACAUCCUCAGGAGCGCGCUAGGGAGUGACGAAGAAGUGGCCAAGCUUUUCAACAACACUAUCAACAAGGUGGCGGUGAUGGGCCUAUCCAGCCGCCUCAACAACCUGUACCGACAAGUGAACGCGCACUGCAGCAAGCCCUGGAACAGAUGGUGGGCGAGCCUCUUGCACACCUAUUUCAGUAACCCAUGGGUGUUCAUUUCCCUUCUUGUCGCCUUCAUUUUGCUUGUCGCCACUCUCAUGCAGACAAUCUGUUCGGUCAUGUCACUCUACAAGAGGUAG